AUGUAUGGAAUUCCUCUACCACCAUCCCUCAAGAAAUCACUGGACGAAACCAAAGUUGAGUACUACCAACUUGGAAAAUCUGGCUUGCGGGUUUCCUACCCGGUAUUGGGUGCAUUGUCCUUUGGACCCCCACAACCAGUGGCACCAUGGCUUCUAAACGAAGAGGCCUCGCUCGAAGUCCUGAAAGCAGCCUACGACCGCGGCAUCAAUACCUGGGACACGUCAAACGUCUAUUCAAACGGCGCAAGUGAGGAAAUCCUUGGCAAAGCAAUCCAAAAGUUCAACAUUCCCCGGGAAAAAGUUGUAAUCAUGACCAAGUGCGCAUUCCAUGUCGGCGAGGAAGCAGACGUCAUCGGCGCCGCCUUCGCCGAUGAGCUGAACCAAAGCAAAGACUAUAUCAACCAAGGAGGCUUAACUCGUAGCGCCAUCUUCCAAGCAGUCGAUGCAUCCCUAGCCCGUCUGGGAACCACAUAUAUCGACCUACUGCAAAUACAGCGCUACGACCCCCUUACACCACCCGAGGAGACAAUGAAGGCGCUGCACGAUCUCGUCCAGGCAGGCAAAGUCCGCUACCUUGGCGCAAGCUCCAUGUGGGCCACGCAAUUCGCCCAGCUUCAAUUCCUCGCCGAAAAGAACGGUUGGACUAAGUUCAUCAGUAUGCAGAACUACUACAACCUCUGCUACCGCGAGGAAGAGCGUGAGAUGAAUCGCUACUGCAACGAGACAGGUGUCGGUCUUAUGCCCUGGUCGCCCUUGUUUGCGGGGCGUUUGGCUCGUCCGGUUGGAGAUGAGAGCUCGGUGCGAUCUAAGCGGCCCUCGUAUCACCAUCCCGGGUUGAGCGAGGCUGAUAAAGCUAUUAUCGGGCGUGUUCAGGAAGUGGCUGAGAAGAAGGGCUGGAAGAUGAGUCAUGUUGCUUUGGUUUGGCUUAAGAGUAAAGGAACUCUCCCGAUUGUGGGUUGCACCUCUGUUGAAAAGAUUGAGGACAUGUGUGAGUUGAAAGGGAAGGUGUUGACGGAUGAAGAAGUGGGAUAUCUGGAGGAGGCCUACGAGGCGAGACCAGUGGCUGGUCACUUCUAG